AUAUAUAUAUAUAUAUAUAUAUAAGCAUUAAUUAGGCUAAACAAUUGCUUCUGUAUACCUUCGAUUGUUUCACACGCCAACCAACAAUUAUUCUCUUCCUGGCUACACUCUAGAAUCUUCUUCGACUGUCUCAAAACUUCCAAUUACCAAAAAUAGUUUCUUCUUUUGUUUUUUUUGUAAAUGCCACUAUUUAAAUUAGUUGUUGAAAGAACACUAGAAAAUCAUAAAUUACAAGAUGUUUAUCGAUGGGCUGUUAAAAGCGAUCCUGAAGAUGUAACGUAUACUGAACUGAUUCGUAGAAUAGAAGCAGUUAUUGAGAAACCCUGUGAAAGGGAUGGUCCAGUGAAUAUUGAUGAUUAUACAGUAACUUGGUUUGACGGUGAAGAUAUGUGUAGAAUCAGUUGUACUGAAGAUCUGCACGACGCAAUUGUGUCUACAGCAGGACUUGAUGGAAAUGCAAAAAGUAUACGAAUUUAUGUAGCAAGUAAACAAAGUGAUCUAAAACAGCCUCCUAUUAGUAAGAAAAAACGUGGAACCGGUGAAGAUUUACAACUUCCAGAAUUACCUGAAGAAUUAGAACACCUAGAUUUUAGUGAAGCCAACGCUGACAAGGUAGUCGAGAAUAGCAAUGAAAGUCAACAGAACAAUGAAUCAGACAGUAAACAGACAAAUGAUGCUCCAGCAUCGCCGACACAAUAUCAAAAUAAUAAUAAUAUCAAUAGUGGAGGAAUUGAUCAUGAUCAUAGUACUCCAACUGCUCCCCAACUCAGUCCAUCUCCAAACGAUCCAAAUCUUCAACCAAUCAAACCUGAACAACCUAUAGCCCCUAGUUAUGCUCCAAACGUGGCCUUUCCAAGGAUGUAUCAAGGUUACAGCCGAUAUCCACCUCAAGCCUAUGCCAACUAUCAACCAGGAAUGAUGGUAGCAGGACCUCCUGGUCCAAUGCAAGGACAACCGACACCCUCUUUUACACAAAAUAUGGUUAUGCCGCAUGAUUCUAUGUCAUCAACACCUAAUAGUUAUGCAUACCCUAUGAAUAGUCCUACUAUGAAUAGACAGGUACCGCCUAAAGUUAAUCGACUACCGCCUUCUAUGAUGAAUUUACCAAGACAACCAAGUGUGACAGGAAAGACACCUAUCGAUACAAUGGGAAUUAUUAAUCGGUUACGUUUAAUGGGUUUUCAACAGAAUGAUGUUUACCUGACCAAUUUAAUUCGACAGCACAAUGGUAAUUUAAAUACAAUAUUGGAUAGGCUAUCCUCUGAAGAAAACAGAAGGUUACAAUAAACUUGAUCAUCUUUCUCUGUUUGUCUUUUUGUUUGGUGUUUUUCAAAAUUACAUCUUACAAUGUGAAGAGUUAUAAUUGAGUAAAUAUCAUACAUAACACUAACAAAACCGAGUUACUCAAACCAACUUUAUAUAAACAUAUAUAUAUAUAUAUAUAAUAGGCCAGAAAAAUGUGAGUUAUUUUUAUCUUGUCUGUAAGAUAAGAAAUCUCAAUUCACAAUAAAUUCGGUACUGAUUUUUGAUGUUCACCACUUUCAGUUUCUAACAAAUUACUGUUUCAUACUGAUAUGGGGCUCUAGUCAUCAAUUGAGGGGGUGGGGGAAUUUGGAAUUUCCCAGCGGGGGAAAUUUCUACGCUUUCGUCGUUGGAUUGUUUGUUUAUUCAUCUUGUUUUAUUUCAAAUUUUUGUGUUUUAUGUAGACUUCUGUGAUAUUUUCUUGUUCAUUACUGACUCACUUUCGUUUUAAAUAAAGAUAAAUAUGAGAGG